AGUUGGCUCAAGCACAUUCGGCUUGUCAGCAAAUGUUCUGAGUGGUGCAGCCUGCCGUUUCACGGGCGAAAAUACGCUCAACUGGCCCCAUGGAUAGUGCUGCCACCGAGCCGACUGGGCUGGCGCCAGAGUUGGAAGAGCUCGUGUCGUCGCAGUUGAUAUGUCCGAUCUCGCACCGCAUCAUGGAGUAUGCUGUCAUAACCCCCAGUGGUCACACUUAUGACCAAGCAGCCUUGCUGCAGUGGCUUCGGCGUCGAAGCGUUGACCCGCUCAGCAUGGAGCCAUUGGCGGCUUCGUCUUUGGUUCCAAAUCGAGCACUUCAUUCAGAGGUCAUUGAGCAGCUGGAGAAGCUGUCGGCCAAGGGAGUCGCCGAUGGUGAUAUGCAAUUAGCAGACGCUUCAAUGGCAAAGCUGGAGUCAGUUCGCAAAGCACAUGCGUCCUUGCUGCUGUCUGACCAGCGUCAUGUCGGCCGCCUCGAGUGGAUCGGCGACCAGUGUGUCAGCUACGCAACAUGGUCGAGAUUAUUGUUGCAGGUGCCUGGGGAGAUGUGGCAGUGUCUACUCAUGCUCGCGCUUGCGUUGGAUUUGGAGGCUUAUAAUCUUAUGACUGAGCGUAUCAGAGCACCAACGUUUCUAUUACUGAAGGCCGUUAGGGCUGCUGACACUUACGAAGACACUGAAGCUCGAUGUGCCAGGGCACGGGAGGCAUUGCCAGAAUCUGUGAUCGUCAAAUGUAUUCGUUUGUUGGUCGUGGGUAGGGCACCGCCACUGCAUUGGGACAUGUUCAGCCGCCUCUCUCUGAUCACUUUGAGGUAUUCCUUUCUUCUGCCAGUCGGUGGGAUCUGCACUUCCAUCGUGCUUGGCGGUAUGGCCUCUUUCGGGCGAUUCCUGCAGCACUGCCGGGAAGCAGACCCGCAGGAAGCGGAACGAGCUUCCCGCAAUCCCAGAUUUGUAGCAAGUUCGUUGUAUUUGAGGGGUGGCGUGGCGUUGAGCGUUUUGAUAGUCUCGGGUCGCCUCGUGAUCGACCACUACAAAGAUAUAGCCACUGCGUGCAGAACGUUGGGCCUGCAGGGUGCCUUCUGGAGCCUCAGUCUCCCGCAUUGGGCCAUGUGAGGACGCGCGGGGAUUGAUUCAUUAAAGAUGUGGCCAUAUUGUGUUGGGAUUAGCCGGCGUACACAGAGUGUCUGUUCCAGUGGCGUAUGCAAAGCAGCCUGUAUAUAUUGAGGGCAAGCUUCCUCGUUCAUGGCAUGAGGCACCUCGACUGUGUCACCCCCUUACGUCUUCGCCAGUCGCACACGAUAGCAUCUGGCAUCCGGAGGGUCGGCAGCCUAGGCACAAAAACAAACACAACUGCCGCUGCGGGCUGCCCCCGCCCCGCCGGGAGGCGCACCUUGCAGGCCUGUCGCACCUGCCUCUGCUGCGAUAGGCCGGCGUUCCCUCCCUCUGGCAGCGCCCUGUCCUCCCGGUCCGCCGGGGCCUGCCGCCUCCCCCUGCGGCCGCCCCCCUCACGCAGGCCCCCGUCCGCGGGGCCCUGCCCUCCCUUCCUGCUUCCCCGCGCUGCGCCCGUUCGGUGCCGCGCCAUCGCAUGCGACGGUGGCGGCCUCCCCCUUCCCAUGCGGGCUGCCCCCCACCCCGCCGGGAGGCGCACGGCGCUUCUCUCUCGCGCCCG